AUGGCCGGCAUGGCUAUAUCACCCAACAUGGAGUUCCUCUUUGGAACAUUGACCGCCCCCAACAUCUGGACAGUCUUGUUGACGGCUGUCGCUAUGUGUGUUAUUUACGACCAAGUUAGCUAUAUUGCCAACAAGGGCUCAAUCGCAGGUCCCUCUUGGAAGAUGCCCUUCAUCGGCCCCUUUCUUGACUCAAUGGACCCUAGGUUCGAGGGAUAUUACAACAAGUGGCUCAGCGGACCCUUGAGUUGUGUGUCCGUUUUCCAUAAAUUCGUCGUUAUUGCUUCGACCCGAGACCUAGCCCGAAAGACUCUCAAUUCGCCCUCGUACGUCAAACCGACGGUUGUGGAUGUCGCCCCCAAGCUGCUUGGCCACGACAACUGGGUCUUCCUCGACGGCAAGCCCCAUACCGAGUUCCGCAAAGGCCUGAACAACCUCUUCACACGCAAGGCCCUUGCCAAGUACCUGCCUGGCCAGGAGCAGGUAUACAAGGACUACUUUGCUCGAUUCGCCAGGCUGACCGAAGAGAAUGGCGGCAACCCUCUCCCCUUCAUGUCCGAGUUCCGCGAGAUCAUGUGCGCCGUCUCCCUCCGAAGCUUCGUUGGUUAUUAUAUCUCGGAUGAGGCCAUCAAGAACAUUGCCGACGACUAUUAUCUUAUUACUGCAGCCCUCGAGCUAGUCAACUUCCCGAUUAUCCUUCCUUAUUCCAAGGCCUGGUAUGGAAAGAAGGCUGCUGAUAUGGUAUUGACCGAAUUCACAAAGUGCGCGGCGAAGAGUAAGGUACGGAUGGCCGCUGGUGGCGAUGUUACCUGUAUCAUGGACGCCUGGAUCGAUAUUAUGAUCAAGUCCCAGCGAUGGCGAGAGGCGGAGGAGACUGGGGAAUCGACCGCCAACCUGGAGAAGCCGCAACCCAUGAUCCGAAUGUUCAACGACUACGAGAUUGCGCAGACCGUUUUCACCUUCCUUUUCGCGUCACAGGAUGCAACCAGCAGUGCUGUUACCUGGCUGUUUCAGAUCAUGGCGCAACGUCCCGACGUGCUGGACAAGGUCCGCGAGGAGAAUAUGAAGGUCCGCAACGGCGAUAUCCACGCAGAGCUUACCAUGGAGCAGCUCGAGGGUCUGAAAUACACACGAGCUGUGAUCCGUGAGCUUCUGCGAUACCGACCCCCCGUCCUCAUGGUUCCUUAUGUUGUCAAGAAGCCAUUCCCCAUUACCGAUAGUUACACGGUGCCAAAGGGUGAGUACUCGAGUCGAAUAAGUUGCUUCUGUGGUGGGAGCAAGGGAUGUUCUCUUGUGUCGAAUGUGCUGACCGUUGCCGUCCAUCUAGGCUCCAUGCUGAUCCCAACAACGUAUAUGGCUCUGCACGACCCCGAGGUGUACGAAAACCCCGACUACUUCGACCCAGAACGCUACUACUCUGGUGAUGCUGAGGAGAAGGGCGCCAAGAACUACCUCGUGUUCGGUGUUGGACCUCACUACUGCCUCGGUCAGCUGUAUGCGCAGCUGAACCUGGCUCUCUGCCUAGGAAAGGCAUCGGUUCAAUUAGAUUGGCAGCACCAUGCGACUCCCAAGUCGGAGGAGAUCAAGGUGUUUGCCACCAUUUUCCCCAUGAGGAGGGGUUGGUAG